AUGCUAAAAAUGGAAUUAUCAAGGCGCACUGGGUCGAUGGGACACACGUUCAGGCGAUGCAGUAAGCCUCGUACGGAUCGGCGUGAACGUAAGGUGUCUGAGGAAGGUAGGAGAGAGAAGACUGCGAUCCCAUCUCCAUACUCCAAGGUCACAGAUCCGCGGCUGGUUGACGGUCCACCAAGCAGCGGCCGUGGUUCCGACGAUGCGGCGUCGCAGUGUCGCGAAAAGAAACGUCAAAGCUACUCGGCUUCCUCCGGCUACGAGUCCGCUGCUGGCGACUACCACUCGGCAUACUAUCUGUGUAAAGAUUCUCGAUUUGAUCAGCGAAAAGCCGUCGACAAGAGGCUUGGCCUAGGCCGAGAGGCAGAUACCCUCCGUGAGCAACAAAGGCGGCUAAAAAAGGAGCUCCAAGAAGCGAAAGCUGUCAUAGGGCAGAUUGAUGACGCCAGGGCCAUUUGUCACGACACCAAGACGACGGGCAUUAGUCAGGCGACACUGGUAGACACCCUGAGGCAGGAGAACCGAAUCCUCGAGAAACGACUUAUUGCGUGCCGAAAUCAUACGAUGUUUGUGACAACAUUCCUGUGA